GGCGGAGGAAUAUCAAAAUGUCAAACACAUCGCUACUGUACAAUGCUUAUCUGUGUGUUUCAGUAACAAUCAUAAAGUAGAAAACUGUGUUUGAAGUUUAAGUUAACGACAAUGUGAGUGUUUUUAAAGAUUUCUGCCUUACAUGUGACGAAAAGGCGAAUAUUGACAAGAUUAUUUUCCCGUUCGCGAACUUCCGGAUGUCAAUAUUAGAAGGGAGUGAAAUGGUGGUAUGGAAGAGACAGAAAAUAUAACAAAAUUAUAACACAGGCUCAUCAUGGUACAGAAGUACCAGUCACCCGUGAGGGUGUACAAACACCCGUUUGAGCUUGUUAUGGCGCAAGGGCACAACAACGGAUCCACAACAACCACAGGUCAAGUCCAGGAUUGAUAUUGUACUCUUGUUUGGUGUAUAAACGUUUAAGUUUAUAUGGAUUGACUGAAACCAACAUGCUACAAAUUGCAUUAUUAGUUUUCUUAACCGGAUGUAUUACAAAGAUUGAAAGAAUAUGCAAUUUUGAAUUUGAAUAUCGGUGUCAUAGGAGAACAAGACCGAAACCAGCUUUACCUGCUUAUGAGAAACGUUUUCCAACUUGUAAAAUGAUACCAGUAUUUCUUGGGAGUGACAUAAUAUCGGAGACAUUAAGUGAGGAUGGAGCACAGCAUGUGGUAGACAGGAGAUGUCGAUUAAAUGUUGAUGCUCCAUACAUCCUUAAGAAGAUAGCAGGGGUUGAUCAUGUGGUGUUUAGGCAAGUGAAUGCAUUGGACAGGCGUUGCAGAACACUGCGGAUUGAUGCCUACAAUGAGAGCUUCUCUAACAGAGUCAUCAUUAAGGAGAGCUGUUUCUACUCUGUACAUCCUGAUAACUCAGAUUGGACAUGUUUUGAACAAAGUGCUAGUCUUGAUAUUAAAUCAUUCUUCAAUUUUGAAAACAUGGUGGAAAAAAUCGCUAUGAAACAAUAUGCAGCAAAUAUCAAAAAGGGCAAAGAAGUCAUCGAGUAUUAUAUCAACGAAUUGAUCAGUGAAGGGGUGACACAUAUCCCAGCCUGGGUACCCCCUAAGGAAGUCAAGUCGCUGGAAAUCGAGGUUCCAAACUCUGAAGACACGCCCUCACAGGAUAGUGGUUUACGUAGUCGCACUAACAGCACUGCAAGUCAGCAUAGCCACAACAGUGUAUGCAGUAUGGUUCUAGGGGCAUCAGCAGCCACAAUCAAGACUCCUGUCUCUGAUGGUCCGGGACCCUCUUCCCCAGAUAAAUUGGAAGACGUAUACAUAGAGAGGUACUUAGGAAAUCUAUCUUUGGUUCAAGAGAGUGCACUUGUUCAACUGCAGCAAUGGUUACAAAAAACACACAAGGGAAAGAUUCCAAAAGAUGCUCAUAUACUGAGAUUCCUCAGAGCAAGAGAAUUCAAUGUUGAGAAAGCACGAGAGAUGCUGGUUCAUUCCUUGGCAUGGAGAAAAUUACACAGUAUUGAUAAACUGCUGGAGACAUAUUCACCUAGUGACAUAUUUGCACAGUAUUACAGUGGGGGAUGGCAUUACUCAGAUAAAGAUGGUAGACCUCUAUAUGUGUUAAAGCUUGGUCAGAUGGAUGUAAAGGGGAUUAUGAAGUCCGUGGGAGAGGAAGCCAUUCUCAAGCAUGUUCUAUAUGUAAAUGAGGAGGGACUCAGGCGAGCAGAUGAGGCCACAAAAUCCCGGGGGUACCCUGUCAGGUCUGAUGAUGUGUUUUUUCCAAGUGCAUGUACCUGUAUCGUUGACCUGGAGGGACUCAGUAUGAGGCAUUUAUGGAGGCCAGGAGUCCGAGCCCUGCUUCGAAUCAUUGAAGUGGUGGAGGCUAAUUACCCAGAGACAAUGGGAAGACUGUUGAUAGUUAGGGCUCCGAGAGUGUUCCCUGUUUUAUGGACCCUAGUUAGCCCUUUUAUUGAUGAAAAUACUCGCCAGAAAUUCAUGUUUUAUGGAGGAAAUGAUUACCAGGAGCAUGGAGGACUACGAGAUUUUAUUGAUGAAAAAUAUAUCCCGGACUUUCUUGGAGGCCACUGUUAUUGUGACGUUCCAGAUGGUGGGUUGGUCCCAAAGUCUUUGUAUAAGGAAGAAUUUCAGGACAAGUCACCCGAUGGCCCACCUCUCAGCAUUGACAGUUGUUACAAUACUAGUCAUGUAGUCAAGGAUUACCCUCAUGAGGUGCUGAUUCAAGUUCCUCAGAAAGGAUCGGUGAUAACCUGGGAUUUUGACAUUCUAAAAGGUGAUGUCACCUUCACUGUUUUACGGUGUAAGCGAUCAAUUUCGGCAGAUCCAGUACAUCAACAUCAUGUCAGCACUGCAACCGGAGGAAUAGGUUCUGUGCAGUUCAUUAACAAAAACAUGCAGGUGGGCCCUGACCUCAGUAUUGUGGAACGUCCUCUAAUAUGUCGAGAUGGGGAUAGUGUACAGGGAUCUCAUGUUGUCAGUGAAUCUGGAAGUUAUAUCCUGCAAUGGAAGUACUUUGACUCAGCAAAGACCUCCUUUGACUUCACCUUAGCACCUCAUAAAUCUAAAGUCAUGUACCAUGCUGAACUACUCAGAUCAGAGGCUUUCAGGGGCUCCAUGAGCAGCUUGCAAUCCUAUCACAGUGGUUCACUCAGUAGCCGGGCAUCACAGAGCAGUUUGACUGGUUCCUUUAAUGGUUCAGGGCCCACAUCCAACCCUAACAGGUUGAUGGAUUCAUCGAGAUUAUUACGACCCUAAAAUUCUGCAGCAAGCCAUAUCCUACUGUUUUAUCAAAGAAUUGUUACCUUUAUAUAUUUGUUAAGUUUAUUCAUAUUUAUUUACAUGUAACAUGGACAUUUUAUACAUUGUUCCUAGAUAAGUAUAUGUAUUCAUGAGUGCAUUUUUAAGAAAGAAUGAGUGCUAAGAACUGAACUUGAUUAUUUCAAGGUUAUUCGAGAAUGAAUUGAGACACAGUUCUUUUUAUUUUUACAGUUUUAUGAUUACCAAAAUACAUUUUUGUUAGAUUAGUUGAGUUACUGUGACAGCUGUUCUGUAGGGGAGGUGUAAUUUCUUUCUAAAUAUUUCUAAGCUUGAAACUCAAGUAGACAUAUUCACUGCGUGUUCAUGCGAGUGCCAUAUUUAGAGCGGAAACAAGAUCUCAGAAAUGUCCCUUCACUUGAAUUAAGAUUUCCCACUGAGAGUGAAAAGGAAAUAUCGAUUAUUCUCUCUGCAUGUGAAAUUAUCAGUGCAAUGUCUAGAAGAACUGUUGUAAUUGGUGUUGAUACAUUAUGCUAUUAUCUGGUAGGAUAUCAUGAGAAGAAACUAGAGAAUCAGAUCAUUGUAGGUUAGUGCUUUGAUAUCAAUACUGAAGAUUUAUCAGGAUUUAAUACACACAGGAUCAGAGCAGUGAGAUAUGAUUACUAAGACUAAUAUAUGGAUAACACAUCAUCACUAUUUUUGCAAUAGGAAGGACAUCACAAGAGCUUAGACAUAAAGUAAAUAUUCCUUGUCCUUUUAAGUAUUCAAUUUGUUGUUUAUAUGUUAAAUUAUUAGGUUUAUUAAGGCUGCCAAUCUAUGAAUCGUGAGUUUAAAAUGAUCAUCAAUUAUUUGACAAUAUUCACUGAGCAAAAGAAUUUUUUUGAAGUUUUUUCAAAGUCACUGGAUUAUUUUUACAUAUCAUCCAAGAUGUGUUAUGCAUUAUUAUGUCUUCAUGAACUUUUUGUUGUCGCCGUAUUUGAAAAUUACUGGUAAUUGAAAUAUAGUUGGUAUAUGGUUGUUGAAGGCUUUUUUUCACAAUCAGAAAAAAUGUAAUUUUCAAUGUACUAAUAUCAACAACCAUUAUUACUACAUCAUAUGAUACGAAGUACAUGUACAAUUUUGGUAAGUCAUUGUGGUGAUUGAUGUGUAUUGUGUCACAGUCAAGAAAUUUUGAGUUUAUAGUACCAAAAAUUGUACAAAGGUACACUUCCUAAUGUUCAUGUCAAAACUCCCAGAGAAUUGUCUUGUUCAAGUUUCCAUGUCAACACAUGCUCAGAAAAUUGUCUUGUUACUCCCAUUAUUUCUAAUCCCUGUCACUCUGUCAAACUAUUCAUUAUGAAUUGAUUUUUUUCCCCUCCUUGUAGCAUUCUUCUUUCUUCAAGUUGGAAAAUUUAGCUAUUAGGACAGAGGAUGAUUUGUUGAGCAUUAGCAUUCAAUUUUGGUUUGAAUUUUGUUUAUGUAAUCUCCAAUAUCAUUUGAGUCUCAGCAGUGAAACUUCAAAGUAAUUGUCUCCACAACACAAGAAUAAUUAUUGUUGCUAUUUAAGUGUGAUUAGCAAGUUAUCAUGGUGUAAAAACCAAGUCAAUUCUAAGCAUUAUCUGAGGGUUACCCUUUGUAACAACAACAACAAUCUGAGGGUUACCCUUUGUAACAACAACAACAACAAUCUGAGGGUUACCCUUUGUAACAACAACAACAACAAUCUGAGGGUUACCCUUUGUAACAACAACAACAACAAUCUGAGGGUUACCCUUUGUAACAACAACAACAACAAUCUGAGGGUUACCCUUUGUAACAACAACAACAACAACAAUCUGAGGGUUACCCUUUGUUUAGUAGGAUAAAAUGUCAAGAGUCAGUCCCUAAGUCACCAGAAGUAUAAGUUAAUGUCUAUAUAAGUACCUCUCCAUUCCUCAAAAGUAAUGGAGGCGAGGCCUCAAAGGGACUGAGGUCCACUGCUGGAAAGGAAUGCAGAGGUACGAGGACAUUGACCUACUUAAAAUGCACAUCCAGUUUAAACUUAAUGAUAAUUUACUCCUAUUAGAUAAGUCCCUUUUUUAUAUAAAUUUUUUAAAAAUAAAAUUAAAUGUCGUGUAUAUAUAUAUAUAUAUAUAUAUAUUAAGUACUGUUAUAGAGUUUUGGUUUUGUCAUAUGAAGCAUCUAUUUUUUAACUUUCCCAAUGGUUGUCAUUGGUCUCAGUGGAUAGAGCUUGCAUGUGAAAGAUCUUGGGGUUCGGAACGGUUUAUGCCUUUGGAUUUUAUUAUGAAAUUUAUUAAGACAUUUUGUUGAUAGAGCUAUUAUUAGGGAGAGUUAGUACAUUUAAAAAAUGAUAAAAUUAAACUCUUCAGAACAUUACCAAGUAGUUGUCUGAAACUCUCCAUUUCUUUUAAAUAAUGGAACACUAAAACAAUUUAAUAAUGUUGCAGGUGGAUUUUAAGAGAAUUCAACUAAAAAAUGAAAACAUUUGUGUCCAAAUGGCAAGUUACUAGUGAGGAAAGUAACUUUAUACACUAUAGCAUUGAAACUUAUGGAUCUUCACUAUAGGGAGCCAUUGUUAAAUGGUUCGGGAUGAAUUUCCAAAAGGUGUUGCACACAAUGAGCUGGAACCUCCUGUUACUAUUAUCUGUUACCUUCAUAACAUUAUGAUCAGGGUUACUGGUUUACAGAUAAUCGUAGCAUUGUCUUUGCAACAACAAAAAAGAAAGAAAUAUUUACAGUGGACUCUGAUUUGCAUUGCUUCAAGUUUCAUGGAAAGUAAAGCCAUUUUAUUUAAAGGGACUGGUUCACGAUUUUUGAACAAAAUAUUUUUUAUGUGAAACAUUAAGAAUAUAACUCAUUUAAUGUUGACAGCCAACAUUUGGACCUUCUGAAUGCAAAAAUAAAAGCAAUAUUUUAGCCUUAAAUCUGUGUUAUGUAAACAAAGACUCGAGUCUUUUCAUGUAUACAAACACACCAGUGAAAUGUUAAUUUUGUAAUAUUAAGCAUCUAAAUUUUGCAUAGUCACAAAUUUUAACUUUUAGAUGACACAUUUUACCUGAAGAAUGCUUGAAAUGUGAAAGAUAUAAUAAACUUAGAUCGAUAACCAUUUCUUUUGAAAAUUUCGUAAACAAAAACAUACCGCAAUCUUUGUUUACAAAACAAAAAAUGAACUCUCUAAAAUGAGCUUCUGUGAUAAUGUAUAACCUUAAUUUUUGUGUGAAAUCUUUUAAACACAUUAGACAGUAGAUUCUGAUCAUCAAAAGUGAAAAACAAAAUUUUGGGGAAAAUCGUGAAUCAGUCCCUUUAAAUAAAAUUUAUUGUCAUCCAUUAAGAGAUCAUAAUUUUUCUUGUUUUCAAUAAGUACAAAUGAGAAAGACCUGUCUUCCAGUUAAUACAUGUAAACAGUAAAUAAUGAGGUGUGUUUCAACAAGAUGAUAUUUUCACUAUUUUGUAUUGUAUGAUACACAAAAUGGUGUAUUAAACAUUUUUCAUCUUUAACACGAUUUAUGCAUAAAUAAAAUUAAACACAGAAUACACUCUCAUGACUUACAAUACCUUAAUGCCAUUUGAUAACCACAGUGUAACAUACAUUAUGAAGGAAGAGCUGGCCCUGAUAUAUCAGAUUAGUCAAAAGGUUUAGGCCUUAUUCCACAUCAACAGUGAUAUAUUGAAUACUUUUUUCCAUUUCUUUGAUGGCUCUCAGUUACUACCAAAAAAAAAUAUAGAAAUUUCAACUAGGCUAAUCACAUUUUCUACCCUUUUUUGUGAAAAUGUUGAUGUAUGAAAAUUGUUUAUUUGUCUUUCAACAGUUUUUAAAGUCUCUCCAACAGGUUGUUAACAUACAUGAGGAAUUGAGAAUGUUUUACACAAAUGCAUUAAAAAGGGGGAAAUUGCAGCUUUCACAAGAUGUAUUUUUUGUACCAGUCAAGCUUUUUAUUUCUAAAAUUGGAAAACAAUCAUUUUAAAGCUAUUUUCACUAAAUUACAAUCGUGCAAUUUCAAUACAGAUUUUUCUUCUUUAAGUGAAUUUUUCAAGCAUCAUUCUAGAUGGUGUACAUGAAAAUGAAACCCAUUAUAACUCAGUUGUGCUGCUGAAUCUGCAUACAAGUGUCAUUGGUCAUUUCCAAAAAUAGGAUUCUUCAAUAUUUCAUGCAUCAGCAUGAUAGUCUCGGUUUGCUGCUUUUUAUUAGGCACACUAAUAAACAUUACUGUGUACUACCUCUACUAUACAUGACUGGUGUUCAUAAUGAAGUGGAUCAGUAGAAUAUGCAAAUAAAGAAAAAAGUUUUACCACUUAUGAUUUUAUGUUGAAGAUUCACUGAAUAUAAAUAUAUGCACAUGUAUUUUUCAAUGAAAUUGAUUGUACCAGUACUCAUUUCUUUACAGGUAUGUAACCUUUUAAGAAACUCCAUUACCAAAGUUUUUUUUCCUUAUUUUUCUGUCAUUUAUUUUACUAUCCUACAGUUUUUAGAUGUCAAAAGGUUACAAAAGUAUUGUGCUUUUCUUGUUUUUUUAUCAGACACAAAGGUUAUAUGUUUGUGAGGAUGGUGCAAGUAUUACAAUGCUAUUGUUAUUACAAUGCUAUUGUUAAAGUUUGUAUUUUAAAUCAAUUUAAUAAUCACUUUAUCUAAAAGGAAAAUGGAUGACCCAUGCACAGAAGUCACAAAUAUUCAAAACUGUUUUGUAGAAUUGUACAUAUCCAAUGACUUUGAAUCUCUUAAUUUCAUUGUAACACCCCCCCCCCCCCUCCUCUUUUUGAAGCUUUAGAUAUAUAUGGUAAGACAUAUGUAACUUUUAGAGAUGUAUACUGUGACUGUGUUUCCCGAGAGGCAUUAUUCAUAUCAAAUCAAGACCAAAAAUUACACAUAUUUUGUGAUCCAACAAGAAUUUUCAUAUAUGUGAUCAACAUUUGACUGUCAGUUGAUAAUCAGGCCAGUGUUGUUUGGUGUGUGAUUCCUGUGAUAGUAUAGUGAGUUUUUGUAGUCUUAAGGAUGGUGAUCGAAUUCCCAAAGGGAAGAGAUAUCCAGGUAUUUGAUAAAUUGUUACAUGAUGUGUAAAUGUGAUUGUUGUGUUUUGUAUGUUUGUAUAACAUUGUUGAAAUCUCACCAGACAGCAAUAUAGGGAUCACCCCAAUGUCGUUUAAUAAAUAAAAACAAUGAAAAUGGA